AUCUUCAGUUCAGUUGGAAGUGCAGGCAACUGUCUUAUUCCUCCUGUGUUGCAAAACGAGGAGCUGUUUCUCCUAUUUCCACAGGCAAAGUCAGGGCAGAGAGGGGAACCAUCCUGAAGAUGGAUGCCCCACUCCCACCUGACAAGUUUUUUAAGACGCUCCUUGAUUGUCUUUCCAGUCUAAUUCACUUGCUGGAUGGGAGCCAAUGUUACUUGUAGUUCAGCAACAACUGGAGGGCACCAGGUUGAAGGAGGCCAUUUAUAUGGAGUGGUCAGGCACACAAGAAGCUGCUUUAUUCCAGGGCAGACACUUUGUGCAGCCAGCCAAGCCUUGCCUAUCCUCCUCCUUUGAGGUAGAUUUAAAAUUCAAAACAGUGAAAAUCAAAUCAAUCAAACCUCGCCCAUUAAGUAGGGCACACUUUUCUUCAGCUCAGUGGAAAGUGCAGAGGACAGUUGUUUGUGCAUUCAGUUGGACUGAAGAUGGCAGUUAACUGCACUUUGAAACUGAGCUGAAGGUGGCAGUUGCCCACGCUUUCAACUGAACCAAGGAUUCUCUGUCCCAGGGCUACUGUUGCCACUGGGCAUCUUCAGGCAGACCCCCAGACCUUGGCCCUCCCCUAAAUUCCCACCCACAAAACUUCCGCCUCAAUUUCCAUUUUGGAGACCCCACUGUGAUGCUGGAAUUCCCCUUACAGAGGCAGUAUAUUGCUUUAUGACAGGUAACAAAAUACAGAGGAUUAUUACACUAUCCACAAGUGGUCAUAUUGCCUUUGGGGUGGUCUUUAAUUUUCUGGAAUAUUUGUGCAUGUGAUAAAGUUUCACCAUUAUUCAUUUUAUUCCUUUUGCUAAUUUUGGUUUUUGUGCUAAUUUUUUCACAAUUUUUUUUCACAAAGACAGCUAUCUACCACACUCUCUUGUUUGAAGUUGCUAUGGUGGCAGCAUGAAGGUCCUUCCAAAAUUUGGUGAUGAUACGUUCCAUGGAUUAAGGGUUUGUUAAGGUCCUGGUUUUCUUUCAAAUACAAAUUCAGUGAAGCCAGCUCGGGGGUUCUGGUGACACGUACAAUUUUAUUGAUGCCAUCCAUCAUCUGUUCCCAAAACCUUGCCACCAUAGGGUAUGCCUGCUCCCCACUUCCUCCUGCCAGCCCUUUAGGUUUGGCAGAAGUCUCAUGCUAUUGUAGUACUGCUCUCUUGGAGGUUGCGCAGGGUUCCCAUCAACUACCGCUGGCCCAAAAUGAUGAAGAGGGAAGGGAGGAAGAGAAAUAUUACUGAUGAUGACAUUAACAGAUUUAUAAACAGUUUUACAGCCAGAAUCUAUUGAUGUGGCGUAUUUGAAGAUGAAAAAACAAGAGAAAACUAAAGAUAUAGGUUCCAAAAAUAAUAAGAAAAAACAAUUACAAUUGUAUUACAAUUACAAAGGAUAACAAUGACGAUUAUUUAACCAAGGAUCUAAACUAGGAUGAUUAUCUAACCAAGUCCUACUCAAACCCACUAGGGUCCAUCUAUUUCAAUUGAAAUACUUGUGAGUAGGACUAAUAUGGGGUACAGCCCUGACUACUAGUACCAAUAAUAAACAAAAUCCAGAAUCUAAUCCUAGGGGCACAUCCUUAUGAGUAAGCAGGUAGAAGAGGAGGAAGAAAGCCAGGCUGGAGCAGACUGUGGCCGAGAGCCUGCAAAGGGAAGCCCAGGAUGGGAAGGAAGGCCUUCUCCACCUGAGGAGGAGGUCAUCCUCCUUUUCUCCUGCUUGUCUGCCUGGCUGUCCUGUGUUUUGAGGCCCCCCCAGAAUGGUAUCCUAGCUGCCAUUGUCUCAUGAUAAGGCUUUGGAGUGUUCAGCUCUUUGCAGUUCUAUUCCAACGACACCAAUCACUUCAUCCAUAUACUCUCUUAGUUCGUUUUUCCUUCCUUCCAUAGAAUUGGAAAAACAAAUAGCCUAACAUUGUGAAGACAGUUUUUACACAUUCCCGAGUGUUUGUGGAUCAAUAAUGAUUAUCUCCAGUGGUAAGUCUAGUUUCUAACGCAUUAAGCAAGCUUAACUUUUUCUUCUGCAGGUGGUACAAGCAGCAGUUGUGUGCAUGGCAUUGCUCUAGGGCAUGUUCAUGGGCAGACUGGUUGGCAGACUGUAUCUGGCGCAUUAGGGUGUGUGUGUGUGUGUGUGUGUGUGUGUGUAUGAGGAAGAGAAUGAUGCCAGUUUCUACUCCAGAAUCACAAAGCAGAGUUAUGUCAUUCUGGCACCUGCUUGCCAAUGCUUGUUGAACUCUGUGGAAACUCUCCCCUUUAAAUAGUAACUGUUAAAACUUUUGGAAUUAUGGUGUAGCACUUAGAGGCACGGACAGAGAAGCAGACCCAUUUCAUCCUCCAUGCAGAAUCCACAAGACUGAAUUUGGUAGGUGAGAUAUAGCAAACAUAGUGCGCUCUAGGUGCUGUAGACUCAAACUCUCAUCACCCCUGACCAUGGGCCCUGCUGGCUGGGGAUGAUGGGAGCUGUAGUCCAAAACAUUUGGAGGGCCAUAAAUUGGCAAGCAUCUUAAAAAGUAGAGACAACACCUUGCCAACAAAGGUCCGUAUAGUAAAAGCUAUGGUUUUCCCAGUAGUAAUGUAUGGAAGUGAGUGCUGGACCGUAAAGAAGGCUGAUCGCCGAAGAAUUGAUGCUUUUGAAUUAUGGUGCUGGAGGAGACUCUUGAGAGUCCCAUGGACUGCAAGAAGAUCAAACCUAUCCAUUCUUAAGGAAAUCAGCCCUGAGUGCUCACUGGAAGGACAGAUCCUGAAGCUGAGGCUCCAAUACUUUAGUCACCUCAUGAGAAGAGAAGACUCCCUGGAAAAGACCCUGAUGUUGGGAAAGAUGGAGGGCACAAGGAGAAGGGGACGACAGAGGACGAGAUGGUUGGAUAGUGUUCUCGAAGCUACCAGCAUGAGUUUAACUAAACUGCAGGAGGCAGUGGAAGACAGAAGUGCCUGGCGUGCUCUGGUCCAUGGGGUCACGAAGAGUCAGACACAACUAAAUGACUAAACAACAACAACAACAACAAAAUUGGCAAGCCCUGUGGUGGCUACACAACAUCACAUUUCCUUAGCAGGUGGCAGGAUGACCUUGCUACCAUUUGGUCCCCAUUUUCUUAACUGAGAUAUAUAUGAUCCAUACAUAUCCAGUACAACCUCCAAAUAUCGCCCCCCCCCGCCAUGCUCACAAUAGAGCAGGGAGAAAGCAUGGAGGAAUGCAGCUUUGUUGUUAAUCACAAUUUGACCUCACAGAUUAUCCAAUAAGGAUAAUGUGAAAUGUCUUGGGAAACUAUUGGACAUUAAUUCUACUAUAAACUUGAUAACAUAGUAUUCUGCUAUCUUAUAAUGGAAGUAGAUAAAAAAGGAGGAACUCAUAACAUAACUUCUUUUAAUGUGUUUAUCAGUUUCCACAGUUGAAGGCUUAACCAAGUAGUCAGGAUUGACAUAUUUGUUUCUUCAGCUGCUGUAGCAGCAUCUGAAGAAGUUCAAUGGUCAUUCUAAUCCUCUUUAUCCCUUUUUGGAUCACAACCCAUAGUUGCAUAGCUUUGAUUGUCAUAACUCAGAAUCAGCUCUAUAAAAAUUAGGGAAAACAUUACGCAGAAUUUCCAAAAGCUCUCUGCAAACACCACCUUCACUUUUCUCCAAAACCACACAAACUUGAAAAAGUUACAUCCCCAAAAGCCUAAAUUCCAUGUCAGAGGCCAAAAGUUGGUGCACCGUAGUGAAACCAGCUAUGGACUGCUAUGCCCCUAUUUUGAUGGAAGUGUAUUAAAAAACAGCCCAUACUGAGUGGGGUUGUGAGCUAGCUGUUUAAACACUAACAUGCACACAAAUACACACGUUUCCCAAGGUAAAAUGUGGACAAAUCUUUCAAUCAAAACAGAAUUUUGGAAUCAUUUUUGUAAUAUUACAUACUAGAAGUGUGUUUGUUGUUUUUUUUUUAAGUAUAUGCCUUUGCCAUGUGUUUUAGUCUUAGAAGACUAGAUUAUAGUACACAUUACUCUUCUGACUAUCUGCAGGUCUGCUGCCCAUCUACUUUGGAAGUCUAGGAUUUUGUUACAUGCUGGUAUUCAUUUGUAUGCUAUUUCUUCAAUGGAGGAAAGGAAUCCAGCAGAAGCGACGUGCAAAAGCCUGGGUGAAACAGCUGAAAACAGAAUCGUAUUUCCAGCGCGCAUUGGCUCACAAGGAAGCUGAACCUGGAAAUAAAGCAGAAGCCUGCAGUCCCAAGUCUGAUAGCAUCCGAAAACCACAAGACAGCUUCUCGGCCAGUGAGAUCACCAUAGAUAGCAGUGGCGAUUCCAUCCCAUCAGCUCAAGAGCCGUACAAGCCAGUGUUUCAGGAAAUACCAUGCACCUGCGUGCUCUCUCACAUGCCGCCACUGCUUGAGCAUUCAGCUUCUUACCCUUGCUCGAGUAUCCGAACCAAAAGCAUGCCAUUCAACUCACCUCUGAAAUCUGCCACGUUGACAAAGGAGGCAUACAAUCUCUGUAGCAGCAUCUCUGCCUAGCAGUAAGAUGAACCAGCAAGUCUUCAUGAUUUUAAUUGUACCCCAAAUAAAGACCAGAUGCAGAACAAUUUCAAAACCGACUGUGUUGGUUUGUCAUUCUGAUUUCUAUUGUAUGUGAAAGGCUGCAGCUCAGUGGGACAGAACAUGCUUAGGAUAUAGAAAAGUUCCAGGUUCAAUCCCUGGCAUUCAGGUAAGAACCCCAGGAGUAUGCUGCUCAGGUCCAAUCCCAAAAUGGUAUGAAGUCUCUGGGUUGUAGUCAAACUAGUGCUACAACCAUGUUCCACCGGCAGGAGGAUUUCUGCUUGUGCAACCUAACUCUCUUCCUCUCCCUCUCUCCUUUCCCUGUAUGCCCCCUAAAACUUAUCCCCAUGGUUCCCCCAACUCUCCAGAGCAGAUAGGGGGUAGGUACAGGGUACACACACACAGGUAAAAGAGCGGAAGUUCCAUUACACCAAUGUAAAUCCUUGCACUAAUGGAACAAGUGAAUUGGAU